CCUUCAGACGUUAACAAUUCCCAUCAUGUCGACUCAGGAUACGGGAAAGCCUUACCAUAGAUCCUGCACUGGCCUUGCGCAGGAGACAGUAAUUAAACACCCAUCUUCUGGUACUCAAGAUAUCACGCUGUUCGGUAGUUGUUUCUGCCCGUUUGUCCAGCGUGUCUGGGUGGCCUUGGAGUACCUGGAAAUCCCUUAUAACGUACAUGAGGUCGAUCCAUACCAGAAGCCCAAGGAUCUCCUGGAAGUAUCUCCGAAAGGCCUCGUUCCUGGGCUUAAACUCCACAACUUCAGCCCACCUAGGGCUCUUAACGAGAGCACGGUGAUUAUGGAAUAUAUCCAAGAUAUUUCAACCAAUUCGACGGGCCGUAGCCUUCUUCCGCCCACCUCCAAUCCUUACGCUCGAGCCCUCGUGCGCCUCCAGGCAGACCACGUCAAUCGCUCUCUCGUACCAGCCUUCUAUCGCUAUCUUCAAGCUCAAGACACCUCUUCCCAGAUUGAGUCGGGUAAAGAGUUCCAUUCCUCUAUUCAAGGACUCGUUGCACUCCUCGAGAGAGCGGAGAAGGAGAUCGUCGGUGGUGGUGGUGCCUCUGGUGAGGGAGAGGUAAAAGCGCUGAGCGUUGGACUUGGGCUGUGGAUCAAAGAUAAUGAUGACCUUGGGUGGAUUGAUGUUAUGGCGGGACCUUGGUUGUUCCGCGCUACUAAUGUUCUGAAGCAUUAUCGAGGAUUUAUCAUGCCAUCCGGUCAGAAAUUUAAUGCGUGGAUGUCCAAGCUUGUUGGACAUCCUGCGUUCGCUCGAACUUGUAGCACGGAGGACUUGUACCUGGAUAGUUAUGAAAGAUACGCUUUCAAUCGCCCCAACACUAGUCAAGUCGCUAAUGCUAUCAAUUCUGGCCGAGCUCUUCCUUAGGCA